AUGUCCCGCCAACACCUCGGACGACCACAAAACUUGGAGAGCAUGACCACCGGAGGAAGGUGCAUUCACCGGAGUGCCCAACACCACCAGCCGCAACUGCACGUGCCGGUGUCGGAGCCCCACGCGCCACCGUACGCAACGUGCGCACAGCCCACGCAAGCAGACAGUGCGACCAAGGUUUCCCCAGCUCUCCCGCACGAGUUCUCCAUGCCCCAGCGCCCGCAUGCACAGCGCAACUUGCGCGACCUAGGCCUCCCCGCCAACGACCUUAGGCAAGCACCAGGGUGUAUCAGCGAACCAGACCCAUGCAGUCUCGGCCUGCAGCGCAGUCAGACCACUUGCAAUGUGCACUUGAGAGGCCUGACGACUACCACCGAGGUCCAACGAACACCAGCAGACCGUCGACGGUCCGAUAGGAUUCCGGCGAUGUCGGUGUCACCUGUUCUGCGUCUGUGCACUCCGAAACUCACCUCGACUCCCGUAAAACACACGCGACCCAGAAUUCUUCGACGACGGCGUCCUCUGAUCCGAAGUAGUCGUUGUCGAAUUCUCCGAGCUGCUUGGCCCGUUUUCAUAAUCCAUGGGAAGCUUCAUCUUCGCAAGCGACUCCGUAAACUGCUGCAUGCUUUUCAUGUACAUAUCCACUAUGUCCUGUUGAACCAGCUUCAUCUCCGGCGGCUCGAUGUUCACAACACUCACCAGUGGCUUUGGCUUCUCCUCAGAGCCCGGCCCGUUUUCACGUUCCGCGGGUUUCUCCUCCGAGACGUGCUCCUCGUCAGGCGACUUGGGGCCCUUGGGGGUUUCGGACGACUCGAAGCUCACCUGAGCGUUGUUGGUCAGCUGACUCAGCUCCUCGGUCAAACCUCCGGUCUCGGUCGACAGGCUGGCGACUUCCUCGGAGGCCGCCGGAGUCUCGGCAUCCACACUUUUAGUACAUAUCUCGAUGUACUCUUCGACCAUCUUGUGAUUCUCGUUCACGACUUUGGGGUCGGGAAAUUCCAUUCGGUCAAACUCGGUCACAAGGGACGUGAUGGACGACGACUCACUGUCCGGGCCCGGGACGGGGGCUGGGAUAACGAUCACGUCCGAGUCGAGAGUGCGGACUCCAAGGUGAAGGGCCUCGUUGAAGACGGGAUUGUGGCCGCCGCCGUGGAUGAUUUUGGUGGAGACGGAGUUUUGUGGGUCGUCAUUCGUGAGGGAGAGCUUCGCGUACACGUCUUGCUUUUGGUAGAUGCAGAUGUUGUGGAUGUUUCGCGCUUGGUGGAUGUAAACGUCGAGAGUGCCGAGAAUGUUGUUCUUGUCGUUGGAUUGGAAAUCAAUAUUCUUCAUCUCUUGUUCGGAGGUCUUGAGUGGGGAGACGACCGAUUGAGGGGAAUCCAUGAGUGA